AUGAAGGUCAUCAGCAAAGAAGAAGAACAAGCCCACUACAGCCAAGUCCUUAAGGGCGGCGCAAUAGGCGGCUCCAUCGGCCUCGGCGCCGGCCUCGCAGGUGUCGUCCUCGCCUCCCGCCGCUACGCCGCCUUCCGCAGCCUAACCGUCCCCUUCCGGACCUUCCUCGUCUCCUCGGCCGCGACCUUUGGUGCCAUCACCACCGCCGAGCGCUACUCGGUCGCCUUCCAGAGGGCCAAGGACCCCAUGAACUUCUACAAGGAUGAGACCCAGCGCGCCCUCGAGGCCGCCCGCCACAGCGAGGCCAGCGAGACGAAGCGCUUCAUGGAGUGGGGGCGCGAGAACCGCUGCACCAUCGUCACCGUCUCGUGGAUCGCCGCCAUGGGCCUCGCCCUCACCAUCGUCGGGCGGAAUCGCUACCUCAGCACCGCCCAGAAGCUCGUACAGGCCCGUGUCUAUGCGCAGGGCCUCACGCUGGCCGUGCUCAUCGCUACCGCCGCCUUCGAGACCAGCGAUGCACGGAGCGGCAAGGGCCGCUGGGAGACUGUGCUUGUCGUGGACCCUGACGAUCCCAAGCACGAGCACCUGAUCGAGAAGAAGGUCCACAAGGAGGAGUACGAGGGACAGGAUCUCUGGAAAGACAUGGUCGCCGCUGAAGAGCGCCGCCUCAAGAAGCAAAAGCAAGAGCAUACUGCUACUCAGCCAAAGGAGAGCAAGCCCGCCGAGGCUACUGCCGCCGAAACCUCGAACUAG